AGACAAUGUGAAGUAAUUGGGACUUUAAAGAAUUACAGUGUCAAGGAAUCAGAUUUCCUUAUGAAAUAACUAGAACUCUUGAGACAAUUUUGUUCUAGAAGAAUUGUGUGAACUUUCUAAUUAUGUUUUCUUUAAUUUAUUCAGAUCAGCUGUUCCAUGUAUUAGCCUUGCACAUGCGGCUUUAUACCAUCGACUCUGAGUAUAAUCCCUGGAAGAAGCUCACCCAGUUAGUAGAAGAUACAAAUUCACAGCUUGGAAAUGAAGAACAAAAGCCUGAAGUCCCAAUUCUUUAUCAUGAUGUAACAUCCCUUUUACUUAUCCAGAUCUUAAUGAUGCCCCAACCAUUACGCAAAGUCAUCAUACUCAUUACAUUACUGUCUUCCAAAGAAUAAGCUUAGAAGAAACUUAGGAUACAUCACUGUCUUCAGGUAUCCAUGUUUAGUUCUUCAUGUUCAAGGGGAAGGACAUUUCAUAACUUAGGCUCAGGUUUGGUUAUAUAUUACAGAAAGGAACAAAAAAAUACACAAUAACUUACAUAAGAUCAAAGCUUAUUUUUAUUUCAUGUAAAAAGUGUUAAAGUAGGCAGGUCUAUGCUUUUACUUUAUAGCAACAGAUUCCUUAUGGUGUAGAUUUUAUCUUUCUGUGAUAAGGUAGUUGCUAGACCUCCAGCUAUCACAAUCUAGUUUAUGAGACUAGGAUGGAGAAUUGAGGGAGGAACUUUACCCUCUCUUUUAAGAAACCACUUUAAAGACCCACAUCAAACUUAAAAUUGUAUGUCUUUGGCUAAAAUUCUUUUAUUUUGAAUCUUCAGAGUUUAAAAAUAAAAAAAAAAAUGUGGUGCUUUUGGUUUUGAACUCAGGACCCUGUUCUUGCUAGGUAGGCAGUCUGCCACUUGAACCCCUUUCCAGGCCAACUUUUUUCUCUACUCUGCUUUAUAGGGUAAAGUCUCCAGUAUUCUCUUACUGGUGAUUAUAGACUUCUGAGAUCUCAAAAGCAAGGUCCAUGAACGAGAGAAAGAAGUUUGGUUUGUAUUUGCCAUUCCCUGUAAGAGAGGAAAUAUCUCAGGUUUAUUUUACUAUAAAUCAAGACUUUAUAAAUAAGUGUUUAUUUUCGAAUAUCUCAAGUAUUUAUAACCGCAAAAGCAGAGUGACAAAACCCUAUGCACUUACAAAUUAUCAACUCAUGGCCAAUAUUGUUUUACUUAUAUUUCUACCUAUUCAUUCCUU